AUGGUCUUCCAAACUGCCCCCAAGCCCAAGUCGUUGCUCGGCUGGCAUCGCCUUCUCUCCCCCACGGCAAGCGUCAAAGUAUCCCCAAUUUGCUUAGGUGGAAUCAGCAUUGGCAAUGCAUGGAAAUUCUACACUGGCAAAAACGAAGAUCCCUUCAAACUUCUCGACGCAUUCUACGAGUUGGGCGGUAACUUUAUUGACACUGCUAAUCUCUACAACUCGGAGCAAUCUGAACAAUUGAUUGGCCAAUGGAUGGAGGAGCGUGGGGUUAGAGACCAAAUGGUAAUCGCUACCAAAUACUCCGCUGGCUAUCGGGCGUAUAAUCGUGAGAAAGAGCCUAUUCAGACGAACUUUACCGGAAAUUCUGCUAAGAGUAUGCAUAUUUCGGUUCGCGAUAGCUUGAAAAAGCUGAGGACUGAUUAUAUUGAUAUUCUUUACGUCCAUUGGUGGGAUUUUGCUACGCCUGUGGAAGAGGUGAUGAGAGCGCUGCAUACGCACGUCAUGGCGAGAGAGGUUCUGUAUCUCGGCAUCUCCAAUACCCCGGCUUGGAUCGUUAUGAAGGCCAACGCUUAUGCACGACAGCACGGGCUGACACCUUUCUCUGUAUACCAAGGAAACUGGAAUGCAGCCAUGCGUGAUAUGGAGGGAGAGGUCAUUCACAUGUGUGAGGACCAAGGCAUAGCUGUGAUUCCAUGGGGUGCUCUGGGAAGCGGCUCUUUACUUACAGCUGAACAACGCAAAGCAAGGGAAGAUGACCCAGAUGCACCUGACAUUAAGCCCUCAGAGACUGCCUUGAGAACAAGCGAAGCACUAGAGGCAAUCGCUGCCCGCAAAGGAACCACGCUACAAGCUAUAGCCCUUGCAUAUUUGUUUCACCAGACGACUUACGUCUUCCCCAUUGUCGGCGUCAACACAGUUGAACACAUCAAAGCUAUGCCCGAAGCACUCCGUAUCGAACUUUCGAAGGAAGAGAUCGAGGAGAUUCAUGAAGCGUCUCCUUACAACCCGGGGUUUCCUAUGAACUUUACUCAGUACAUACAGCCGGUCAAGUAUGAUUUGUCGUGGACGCCAGCGGAUCACCAGCAGUAUCAGAUGGCUGCGUGGAUCGAUGCUCCACCCAAACCACUGCCCUAUCAACCAAGGACUGAAUAG